GACUCAUUGCGCAACAUCUCAUCAUCUGGUACCGAUGUUGCCUUCGUGGAAAACACUUGGUACGUCACUUCCGUUUCCGGCACGUUCACGCCUGAGCAACUCGACAAGUCAUUAAUCGUCCGUUUUGUCUGUCGACUAAACGUCCGGGCUACUGGCGCCCAUUUCAGGUUGGGUAAAAAUGGCAGGCUCCACGUCGUGGCGAUUUUACACAAGGCGGUUACUGUGGACUGUUGGUGUCAUUCUAUGGCUGACAUUGUCACAGACAGCUGCACAACGGUGUCCGUCACCGUGCCAGUGCUCACCAGCGGCAGAAGGUCUGAAGGUCGACUGUAAGAAUAAUGAGUUACCCAGUGUGCCGAGGAACAUCCCGGACACCACAGCAGUUCUCCUCCUCAUGAGAAACGGCAUCUCUAGAAUCCCGGCUGGUACAUUUUCGAGCCUUGUUAGACUUCAGAAGCUUAGCCUGAAGUACAAUCAGCUGUCUUUCCUGGUCGCAGAUGCCUUCGUAGGGUUGAACAGCCUACAGGAUCUUGAUCUGUCCAACAACCGGAUUACGGCAAUAGACGUCCGGACAUUCCGGAACGUUCCGGCACUCCGGAAGCUGAACCUAUCCCGGAACCGGAUAUGGCACAUGACGUCACAAACCUUCACCGGGCUGACGUCACUUCAGACGCUCCUGCUGGCGAAUAACCAGCUGGCAACUAUUGGGAGAGGAUCUCCCCAGUACAUCGGGUGUUUUGAAGACACGACCGAGGACCGAGACUUCCCUGUCAGCCUGACCCACAGAUACUCCCUCAGCCCCGCCAGCUGUGUGGAGACCUGCGCCGCCAUGGGAUACAGCUACGCCGGGCUACAGGAUAGCAUCAUGUGUUUGUGUGGACACAGCUUCGGGAAGCACACCAAGGUGGACGAGUCGGAGUGUGGCGGGGGUUGUUCGGGUGGGCUGCCGAGUGGGUGCGGCGGAAUCCUGCGGAGCGCCGUGUGGGCUACAGGACCACCGUUGUUCAGCAACCUUCCGGCGCUGGAUAGCAUCACCCUGCACGGCAACCCGUGGUUCUGCGACUGUCUGCAGCACGGCCUGGUCUCGUUUGUAAACAACAGGAGCAGUGAACAGCUUGGAGGCAGCCCGACGUGUGCAGGGCCCCAGACGGUACAGGGAACACCGCUAGUGAACCUAACAAUCGCUGACUUACAACAACAGUGCGCCACUAUCCCACCACCUACAAAUGCUACACCUACAGCCGGUCCUGCGACGCCACCUUGCGCCCAUUCCCAGCAGGACACGCGGUACCUGAGGGUGAUGGUGGCCGCCAUUGUCGGCUGCUUCCUCAUCAUCAUGAACCUGGUCCUGAUCCUCAUGUGCAUCUUUUUGUCCAGGCAGAGCUACCGGCGUGCAGUCCGCUACAACAGAGCGUUGGAAAGUGGGAGGAGAAUCAACAACUUCAGACGGGAGAGGAAAGGCGCUGGCCUCCUACCUGACCUGACCUACACCCAGACCUCCGAGGUCCCGGAUGUAGAAAGCCAACACGAAGACAACGACGAGUACGACGACUACGCCACCGUGGUGGACCGACUCCUGCGGGAACCCCCCACCCCUGCGACACCCCUCAGUCCGCCCUACGCCGUACCCUUCAACGCCAAAGUCAACAACAUACGCGCUGACGCCGCCGUUCCCAACAACAACAACGCCGGAGACAGGCAGAAAACUGUGCCGGGGCGAAGCACCUUCCUCCCGGUUCACCAUUUUGACUCCGCGGGAGAUAUCACAGAUUCAGACACCGAAAGAGGUUCACCCGAGGGACUAAAUAGUGACGCUUCGCCCGAGGAGCUCACAAGAUAUUCAAACAAUGGUUCACAAGAUAUUCAAACAAAGAAACCAGCGUUCCCCACCACCUGUGCUGAUGAUGACCACGACUACAGUGAAGUUUUGGAUGCCGUUGAUGUUGAAGAUACAGAAACAGUGAGAGAAACACCACAAGAGAUGAAAGAACAAAACCUUACUGAUAACGCUGACGAUCAUGACUAUGACGACCCACCGAUGGAGGACUUGUUGUGAUUUUAAUUCAAACCUUGAUGUAAUAUAUUUUUGAAUAUGAAAUAUGACAGUAUUGGCAUUAUUCUUCAUCUGCAUGAGAACGAACCUCGGUCCUAAGUAGUACCAUUGCGUAAUUUUACAAGUUACAUUUUCAGUAUAAUGUAUUCCUCAUGUAUCAUUUUGGUUGUAGUGUAAUAUGUAUAUAAUACAAUGUAAUGGUCCAACUAGGAUAUUACGAAUGGCAAGCGCUUGUUACGGAGGUUUAAAAAGCAUAUAUAGAUACAGGGUUUUAAACUAAAAAAGUCAACUAUUGUCAAUUGUAUAACAAAACAAAGCUUUAAAAGUAUCUAAGGUUAAAUCAUUACAUUAUUAUAUUUCCCACAAAAACAAACUGUUUAUGAUGGUGUGUUCUUCUUCUUUUUCUGUCUGUAUCCACGCAGAGCUUAGCUUAAAAUCUUUUUCUACUCGAAUACAACACUAUAGGGCGA